ACACUUUGUGGUAAGUGACCACAAUCGUGCAGAGCUCAAGGGACUCACACAAGUUCAAGUCAAGAUCAUCCCCACCUCGAGUCACCAUGAAGAAGGCCAUCAUCCUGGCGAUUGUCGCAGCGUUGUGUGUGAUCGCAUUGGUCGUAGGACUUGUGCUGAUGCAAACCAAGCAGGGGUUGCAUUGCCGACAGAUUACCCUCGACAUGUCCAAGGAUUCUGUGGAUGACCAGUACCUUGGCUGCAACCCCAAUAGAGAACUCCAGCUGAGGAACUCAGGAAACAUUCCCCUGCUGGAAAAAUAUAAUAAAACCUGGGAAACCGCCAAACACCACUGGGCCAAACUUGGCCAAACUGUCGGCAGCUUCGAUCCAAUUUUUGGUACUGCGAUUGUGGCCUACACAGUCGGAGAUAGCUUGUACCAUGAUUUCAAUACCGCUGCAAGAGAAGCUGGGAAAUCCCAAGACUCUUACAACCAAUAUGCCUUCAGGGACUUCCACCUCCUCUUAACCAAAGCUCUUCAGGCCAAGAAGAUGUCCAGCUGCUAUGAGGUCUUCCGUGGGAUAAAUGGGAUCUGUUUCAACACCUCCGACAAGGCGGUAGUCCGCUUCGGACAGUUUGCUUCCUCCUCGAAGAACGAAACGGCGGCCAAAGAAUUUGGUGAGGACACCUUCUUCUCUAUCAAAACCUGUUACGGAGUGCCCAUUGAUGACUUCUCAUACAAGAGGGAGGAAAAGGAAGUUCUCAUCCCACCCUAUGAGAAGUUCAUUGUGACCAACUACACGAAGACCCAAAAGGGCAUCUUCAUCAGGCUGGAGUCCCUGAAUGUUUUCAGCCGCUUCAACUGUGAAGCCCUGAAUGAGCUGCAGGCCUUUUAACUCCUAUGGGGAUGCCCUUCCUUCUGUGGGGCCUCCUUCUGACCUGGAUAGGAAGCCACUGACAACCUGGCCAUCUAGGGAGAGAGCAUCCCUAGGAAGGAGACCAAGUGCAACAUGCAAAAUACCUUUGCAAGCUGUUUUUUCCCCUCCUGGCAAAUAUACAGAACCUCCUUUCCGUAAGAAGCUUGCCCCAUGUCUUGAUUUUUGCUCGCCACUUGGAAGAAAGAGCGGAUCUGAACCAAUUCGCUUGACAAUUUGGCAACCACAAAGGGACUCCAAAACUUAAAAUAACAUUGUGUAUGCAGCAUGUUAAAAAGCUAACAAUAAAACCUAAAAUUUGACCGAA